AUGGCGGCUGGCACCCUGCGCGGCUUCGACAUCGCUUCGCCAUUUGCAGCCGUUCGUGUGCCGGCCAUGUGGGUUUCCGAGAUCAAAGCCGGCAAUCUUCCCAAACAGACCGCGGCAAAGCCCCCACAAAGCUUCAAGGACGGGGUCGUGCAAGCGCGCGUCCACCACGAUCGUGACCGUUUCAUCGCCUCCAUCCACGAUGAGGACAUCUGCCGUCUCGCAGCGUCGCAUCACAACGGCGACACCUGCACAUUCUUCAAGCCACCGAUUCGCGGGAGCUACAACAUUUGCUACUUCGUCCAGUUCCCCUCAGCCAGCAUCGAGGGAGAUGGCGACAGGUGGGUGGUCCGCGUGCCUCUGGCUCCAUGCCUGGCAUUUGGGGGAAAGAGCAAGCUCGAGAGCGAGGUCGCCACAAUGCACCAGAAGUUGAGCUGUGCCGACGUCAAGAAGCUGUCAGACGAAAAGCGCACAUGCCUCUACACCUCCCUUGCGGAGAUAUAUAUGCAGCUUAGGCGGCUUGAAUUCCCCUCGAUUGGGUGUCUGAGGCGAGGCCCAGAUGGCUUCCGGGUCAGCAAGAGGAUCGCCACCAUUGACCUUAACAUGCAAGAGCUGGAGGGUCUAGCUCCAUCUGAGAUCCAAGACUCAUACUGCGGUCCUGGUGAGACCCUUACCUCAGCCAACGACUACGUUGCAAUACUAUUGCAGAUUGCAGACAAUGUCUUUUCCAGGAGUCGCGGCACUGUCUCGGAAAAAGAGGAGGGCGAGGACCAUCUCUACCAUCUGGACAUGUUCCGCCAGCAUGCCGAGCGUUGGGUUGAUCACAGCUUUGACCGUGGGCCCUUUGUCCUAGUCCACGGAGACCUUGAAAUCUUCAAUCUCCUCCUAGGCGACGAUAUGAACAUUGUCUCGGUUCUAGAUUGGGAGUGGAGUCGCGUGGUGCCUCUCCAAUUCUUCAAACCACCCCUGUGGCUUAACGCCACCCCAAUAGAGGACCUGUCCUAUGGCUACAGGUAUAGGGGCUACCUUGAGUGCUUCGACGAGUUCCUGGCCGUCCUGCGUAUCCGAGAGCGCGAAAUAUAUGGGCGUGAUCUCUUGGCCGACGAGUGGGAUAAGGCGAAACAGAAGAGCGGGUUCAUGGUCGCCAAUGCUUUGGAAUGCUGGACCGCCAUGGACUGGUUCGCAAGUCGAUACCUCAACCUGAGACUCUACGGUGGAAAAGAGGACCUUCCAGAGCGGAUCAGGGUCUUCAUUCAAGAUGAUCCUGCUCGUAGUGCCUUGAUCAAGAGGAAGGUUCUCGAAUGGGCUUCUUACACGGCCGAGUUGGAGCACCUAGACGCACCCACCAACCACUCCAAAGACCACGACGUUGCACCAGAUGACAAGGGACUGUCGUCUGCUUCUGCUUCCCAAGGCUUUCUUGCGUCCCAUCCUUGUAGACAUCUCCAUGCGUAG